GAAACAGCGAGGAGAGCUUCUCUGCUGGAUUGCUAGGACACAGACAACCUUACUUUGCUGCUACAGCAUUCCUUCUUUCUUCCAAGACAGAAAUGUGCAGUGACAGCAGUCAUCUUCUCAGUCAGUAACAGGUCAAGUCACAAUGGCCUUUACUCUGGAGGAAUUGGGGACUAAUUACUGUUCUCCAGUCUGCUGACCUGCUAGUCACAUUUUACCUUUGUGAGCUGGCUCCGUGUCUUUGAUACACCUAGAACUUCCACGAUUAAACAGACCAGAUAAAGCCUUAUUUAGGUUGGUUCCAGAAGAACUGGAUUCUGUUUGACUACCACCUUUUUGGAUAAAUAUUUUGGGGUUCAAGAUGAAUAAGACAAGGGCUGUUAAUGAUGGUUUUCCUUUCCUGAACAGUAAGAACUGGAGCUCAAACCGAAGCUUCCCCAUGUACAUUUCUAAUCAGUGCAGGAAUAUCACUGACCUUACUGUCUUUCUGGCCACCUCUUACAGCUUGGAGACUGUCCUAGGCAUUGUAGGAAACAUCUGUCUGAUUGCUGUCAUUGCCAGGCAGAAGGAAAAGGCCAAUGUCACCAACAUCCUAAUUUCCAACUUAAUAAUUUCAGACUUGUUUAUGUGCCUUGUCUGUCUGCCUUUCACUGUUGUUUACACUAUGAUGGACUAUUGGAUAUUUGGAGAAGUUAUGUGCAAAAUGACCUCUUUCACUCAGUGUGCAUCUGUGACAGUGUCAAUUCUUUCCCUUGUUGUUAUUGCUCUGGAAAGACACCAGCUCAUCAUAAACCCGACUGGCUGGAGGCCAAGUAUCUCCCAAGCCUAUCUAGGAAUUGGAGUAAUUUGGACUUUAGCAUGUCUCAUGUCCCUGCCCUUUUUGACCACAUCCAUCUUGUCUAAUGAUUUGUAUGAGCAGCUCUCACACAUCAUGAAUUUUUCCACUGACAAGGCCAUAUGCAUUGACUCGUGGCCUUCUGAGCAACACAGGCUUAUCUACACCACAGCUUUGCUGCUCUUGCAAUAUUGCAUCCCACUGUUCUUCAUCAUACUUUGCUACCUGCGUAUCUACUUACAUCUACAGAAGAGAAAGGACAUGUUUGAGAAGAGCGAAUAUAGCAACCGAGCAGUUCAGUUGAGAAGGAUAAAUAUUUUGUUAGCAUCCAUGGUUGCUGCUUUCGCUGUCUGCUGGCUACCACUGCAUGUUUUCAACACCAUUGUGGACUGGAAUUACAAAAUCAUUUCUCCUUGCCACCACAAUCUGAUCUUCUCAUUGUGCCACCUGGUAGCUAUGGCUUCCACCUGUGUCAACCCCGUUAUCUAUGGUUUCCUAAAUAGCAACUUCAAGAAAGAAGUGAAGUCACUGAUUCUGAGCUGCCAGCAUAAUUCAGUAACUGCAUCAAUGGAAGAAUAUGAUCAUUUGCCUUUAUCCACCAUGCAGACUGAAAUUUCCAAGGGCUCACUGAUGCCGAACUGCAGACAUAAUUCUAUCUAGCUAGUAGAAAACAUUUCAGAGGGAUGUACUGCCACUACACACCAAUUAUUACCUGUAGGUAUCAAAAGCAACUGGUGAUGCCAUAGCUGGGAUGUGAACAGGAACCCAUUAUUGCCUGAUUUUUGGAAGAACAGGCAAAGGAAGGUCAUUAAUGUAUAGAGUAGCUGCUGUGGUACACAAGUUGUUUAUGUCAUUGAGAUGGUACAGACAUUGAGGAGUCUGGGCUGAUGUAUAUGUGGCUGCUCUAACAGAUCAGUAACUAAACUGUGGCUGCACAUAGACAGACACGAGGUUCAUCAUCUCACAUCUCUACCAUGGCAUACCCAGACUUCCAGUUUCAGCACGGCAGGCUGCCAAAAGUUGCAUUAGAGAAGACCUUCCGUUUUUCAGUAUUAGUAAGUUUUUUAUGCAUGGCUGACACACCAGUGGAACAGAAAUAUGUAAGUAUAUAAAAUUUUGUGCUUUACCAGCUCUCACAGCCCAUUAGGUAACAGUAAUCUUUCAGCAGAUCUCGUUCACAUCAAACAACUGGAUGUUUGUAUGAAACCUCUCUCUGUCACACAGGCUUGGGAAUAGCCAUUGCCUCUGCACGUAGGAUCACAGACCAGUGACCCCUGGUAUGUAAAGACGACAGUUUCUUAUUGAGGGAUGGCAACAAAUGAAAACGUUACUCAAUAGAUUAAACUCUUAAAACACAUUGAGGUGAUGCCGAACAUUAUUUUUAAGCAAAAGAAAAACGGUUGUAAAUCUACAUGGAAACAAGUCUGACUGACUGCAAUUCCUGCUACUGUCAGUCAAAAAGCUCUGCAAUGCCAAAACUGCAUGCCAUCAUCAGAAGACAGCUGGAUUACUGGAGUUGUUUCAGGUCUCGGUGGCAAGAUGUCACUUUGUUUCAGCAGCUCCUUGGUACUUUAAUUGCAAAGUAUAUCAUUCAGAAGGUCAGAAUGGGCAUGAAAAUGUUUGUAGAAACCAUAUCUUUUCAGAGUGGGUAUGCUCACAAAGAAAUAAGCAUAUGCGUGGAGGCUUUUGGUUUCCUAUUAAAAUAAAACCAGGUGUCAGUUCCCACUCGCUGGCAUCAGCAACAGAAAUGGAGCUGAAAUUCCAACUAAUCAGUACAAGGUCAAUAAAAAUAUACAAGUGGAAUCCAGGUCCAAUUCAAGCCAAGCUACAUGUAAAUAGGUAGUAUUGCCAAAUGCUAAAGUGAGGGUUACGUUUUUUCACAUUUAUGGUAUUUUUAGUCUUUGACCAAAAAACUUACAAACCAUAAACUCAUUUUAACCUCUACAGCCGGAGAUACUGUUCAGUGACUACUGAGAAACCAAGAAGCAGGUAUGCCCAAGAAGCCCUUACUAAGGAAUAGCUUAAAAAAAAAUAAGGCAGCAAAUGUAAAAAGGAGGCCAACCAGGUCAAUGCUAAAGAAAAGCGGAAGCAUAUUCUGUCCCGAGUUGUUAAACUAACCUUAGCAGAAGACUGAACUGGGUGACCACCUGAGGAAACUUCCAACCUGAAUUAUGCUAUGAUAAGCAGUCACUAUUCAUUGUAGCCAAUGGGUUUGCAUUGAGUUGAAGCCUCGCAAUGUAUAGUUAUGCAGAUAACUAGAAAUGAGACUAAUUGGUAAAUAGGUGAGGAAAAAAAUUGUCCCAUGCUGUGGUCUGACAGGCAAUAUGGAUGUUGGACUGAGUAUUUGAAGAUGAGCAAAACCUUAUGCUAUAAGGUAGGCAAGAGCUAUCAACAGGUAUGAGUCCAUAUCCUCAGCUGGCAGAAAUGGGAGUAAAACCCUUUCCAGGAGCUGGGUGCAGAGAAAUCUGUGGCAAAACUUCACAUUUGGACUGGAAUUCUUGUGUGCAGAGUCUUAAGGCAGAAGCUGUUUCAAUGCAGCCCCCCUUCUAAUUCUGAGCAAAACCUGUGUAUCUCAGUAAGAGAGUUUACAUGCAAUUAUCUUUUGUAUCUUCCUCAAUUAUCUGGCAAGACGUUUUUGCUUCUUUUAAAUGGACUUCUGCUUUCUUUUUCUCUUUGUUACUUGCCGCAGUACGAUGAGAAGUUGUUUCUCUUGAUUUGUUUGUAUGAAAUGCCAUUACUUUGUUUGUAUGCAAUGUCAUUUCUAGAAUGGACAUGGAGUCUACCAGAAACACAGAACAAGAGGACUCUCAUUUUAUCUCAUAUGCAGCUUGAAAUUUGCUACUGUAGCCGAAACCAGAGCUGAUACAACCACGCCAUGCUGAGUAGUACAAAAUACAGUAACUCCUCAUCAGCUUGAUUUAUACCAAAACUGUGUUGUAUUGUUUGAGAGCUUAAAUACUGCUGAAACUUCAUAGAGUUUGUUUUUGUAUUUAGUAUCAAUUUAAUCCAAUUAGCCUUGAGCAAUUCUGCCUGUUUCCUGCACUUGUUAUAAUUACACCAUUUAAUUAACUAAAUGUGUGUUAAGCUACCAUAAGAAUACUUUGUUAAACAUGUACAUAGAAGAUUAUCUGAUUUAUGAUCUUAAGUAUACAACUUUUCAAGCACCAGUGUCUUAAAUGGAAAUGGAAUUACCUUUAGAAUGUGUACUUCCAUUAAUGCAUCUUUGUCACUAGUUCUGAGUGAAAACUUGUUGAAAGAGCACUUGCAGCAUGUCAGACCUGCCACUGGAGCUGUGCCCUGACAUUGUGCAUCAGGUCCCAGUUCUUCCUGCAAAGGGUAGAGAGAUCAGCAGGGCUUGACUCUUUGUUUAACUGUAAUUCACGUGGCCAUUUGUAGCCAUGAGCACAAGUAAAUAUGCAAAGCAAGCAGAUCCAACUUUACAGUAAAGCAGACACAAACAGAUGUAUCUUCCUCUGGUGAUUAAGGGAAGCGUCAAGUUUGGAGUCAAGUACUGUUUAAUGCUAACAGACUUCAGACUGGAUAACCUAAAGAAUUUAGACACUAAAAGCCACCAAACUGCACUCAUAAAUCUAACUGCAAAAAUGCAGAUCCAAAAAACUCUCAACCAGCCGCUGCCUAUCCAUCUACUUACAUACCAUCCAUACUGAGGUUUUCCAACCUCCAAAAUUCCCUAGGUAACUAAAUAAACUUUCGAGUGAACCUGCAGGGGGUGGGGUGGAUGGGUAUAUAUAUAAAGUUCCAAAGGACUGAAUAUCUGUGUCAUAUGUAAGCCCUAUGUUAAUUUACACACUAGGCAUCCUGCUGGUGCAAAGAGCCAUACCAGGAAAGGUGACUUUAUCACCGUUUCUUCAUUCUGUGUGGACAUCAAGGCUUCUGCAGCUGAGCACAAACGCAGUAAUACAUAUAAUGCUGCUGGUUUUCAAGAACUGCUCUAGCAACUAUUCCCUGUACCCUUUGAAGGCAAAGGCACAAGGCUGGAUGCAAUUAAGCCUGUGUGGUAAAAAGAGUUAUUUCAUUUGUCACUUUGAGGUCUUAAUGCAGCCAAGGGGGGUUAUGCCUCUUUAGUCCCAGCAGAGGGUAACAAAAUAAAAAUAGCUUGCAUACAUCUUAUCCAUGUGUAAAUAACAAAUAAGGUUCACAUCCAAGAAGGAUCAAGCAAUUUUGUAUUCAUUGUAUACAGGUGAUGCUUUUGAGUAUGCUCUUUACCAAGUUCUGCUACUGAGUUAGAAAAGCAAUGCUGGGGAAAUGUGCAGUUGUGCAAAUCACGAGUCCAUACAAUUCUAAGACCUUACCCUGCCUUUUUUUUUUUUUUUUUUUUUUUUUGUAAAGCUGUUUAUAAUCCUGCCUCUUGUGACAUGUUGUAAGAAGACAGUAAGAUUUUCACAGGAAGAAAACAACUUACUGUUGUGAUAUAAGUGGCGCACUGUGGGGAGUCUAAUAAUAAUAAAAUAAUAUUGCCUGUGUUACUUCA